AUGAAGCUCUCCAAGAUCGCUGACCAGGUGCCAUUGGAGCCAGGAGAUCCAAUAGACAAAUGUUCCUCAGAGAACACUCUCGUGAGCCUUACGGCAUAUCAAGGACUGUUAGCUUUGGUAGAGCUUGGAGUUCUUGAGAUUGGGCACACUAUGUCUACCGUCAUUACUUUACUUCCCAGUGCUCACAAUUACUCGGCUACAAUUUCAACAAUGGCCGGGCUAUUAGUCCUUGAUCUCCGUUCGCGUCUUAUACCGGGCCAGGUAUACAAGUGUCAAUUCUCACUCAAGUCGCCCCAACAUCCUCUCAUUUCCGUACUGCAGAAAAAUAAGGAUGCCGAAGAUGAUGUCCUUGCACAGAUGCAUGCCUUAUGCACACACCCUGAGUACAAGAUAUCAUCAAACAGCUUAGAGCUCCUGCGAUCCGUUUUCUUCUGGCUAACAUGUAACCCUCAAUGGACAAGCAAAAAUGUCAGACCAUGGCAACUGUUGCUAAGUUUGCCACAAACUCCAGCUCAGACUUCUCUUCUGCUUGAUUGUAUCAGCUGUCAACAGAUCUGCAACCCUAAGCAGUUGGAGAGGGCCUUCGCUGCGUACAGCAUGGUGGUAGACGCGGCGAUAUACCAGCAGCGGCGGGAACACCUAAUCGCGUUCCUCCCAAUGCUCGCGAGGAUAUCCAACGAAAUGCUGAAGCACGGCCGGGACCCGCGCGCCUGCUACAGCCUAAUUGAGAGGUGUUUCUCUUUGGAUGUGCCGGAGCUGAGGAAUGUAGCCGGAUUGACCCUGCUCCUUCUAGCGGAGAACCUGAGCCGCAGCUCCGCUCUGUACCUCCACGAGCUCUUCAAUUUGGGCCUGCACGUGAUGAAUAAGCACGAAUGCCCGUCGAUGAGCGUGAACUCCUUCGCGGCUCUGUCCCUGCAAUGGCUGAGGUUCCCCUCGCACCUCACUGCCAGCGCGCUGGCGGCGGGCGCUCGGCUGCUGGACGCCUCCCGCGCGGCGAGGGGGGGCGGAGGCCUGAGGGCGGCGAACCUCAGAGGGAACCCCGCCUUCGGGGCGUUCGCCCUCAGCGACGCGGCCCUGGGCGCCGCCUUCAAGCUGGCCGAGACGUGGGAGCGCCUCGAGGCUGACCCUGGACGGCUCCUGAGCUGGCUCUCCUCGCUGUGCGACGCCGUGCGGCUGCAGCUGGUGCCGUUCUUCGCCGGUCUACUGCUGGAGGGGGACCCCCGUCUGGAGCGGGUGACGGUGGAGGCGGUGAAGGUUCUAGUGCGGCUGGUGGAAGCGAGGAAGGACGUGGCGGUGGCAGCCCUGCCGGUUCUACAGUACGCCGUGGCCAACGACCGCAGGCCGUGUGUACAGCUCGAGUGCUUGAAGGCCCUGCCCCUUAUGGCCAAAACAAAGGAGAAUAUACCCACAAUAGUCUCCAUACUGAACAAAUUGAAGGCCAACAGGGGUGUCCCAACUUCUCUACUGAUCGUGUUGUACACGAGCUUGGCUGAGACGCAGGUGCGCUGUUUCCCCUACCUGCAGGAGUUGUUGGUGGACACCGGCGUGGGGAGGCCCUCUGACCCCAAGUGGGAGGUGGACCUGGCGAAAGCGUCAGCCGUCAAGCGCAUCUGCGAGCUAAGGCCGUCGAGCCACGGGCUGGAGCUGGUGUCCGUGAUAUCGGCGCUGCUGAACAAGUGCACGGACAGGGGAGGGGCGCUGGCCACCUGCCUCGCGCUGGGCGCGCUGGGGGCGCUGUGGCAGGGGGCGGCCGUGGCGCCCCCCGGCGCGUGGCGGGCGCUCGAGCCGCGCCUCGGCCGCGACCAGCGCCCCGCCGUGCAGAUCGGGCUGUGCCGUCUGCUGGCGCUGGUGCCUCCGCUGCGCACCGACUCGGCGGAGUACGAUCGGCUGGUGCAGGAGGCGAGCGCGCGGCUGUGGCAGCGCGUGGCGGACGCUCACCACCCGGAGGUGGCAGAGGCCGCCUGCCACGCCCUCGCCGCCUUCCGCCUCGACGACUUCCGGCUGGCGGACCUCCCGGAGAUAUACAGACAGACGGUUAAGUUGCCGCCCUCAUAUUGUAAGACGCCCGCCGACGCCGCCAGGAAACCGGAGGAGGUGCUCGAUUACAUACCAAGCGAGGUGUGGCCGGAGGUGUUCCGCUGCACGAACCAGUCGUGCCUAGAGGGCGUGCGGGUGCUGGCGGCAGGGCUGCUCAGGCGCGAGCUGGCCGCGUACCGCGGCGGCGCGUACGCGCUGGCGGCCCGCGGAGAGCCGCUCGACUACGCGCACCUGCCAAGGGCGAGCGUCGCGCGCGGCCUCUUCGACUGCCUCAGGCGGCAGGUGAUAUCACCCUCGUACGACUUCCCCGAGGAGGCGAUCCUCUGUGUUCUGGAGACGCUAGGGCUGGAGUACCCCAAGCCGCUGCCGCCGGUGGACCUGGCCUUCCUGCAGGACGCGAUGAGGAGGAGCGGCAGGUGGCGCCAGGGCUGCCUGCGGCUGGCGGCGCGCCAGGCCCAGGUCUCGCCCUCCGCCAGGAGACUGCUGGAUGCCUUCCUGGAGGCGGUACAGUCGGCCAAGUGCGAGGAGACUGACAUCUUGCUGAUGUUCGAGUGCCUGCCCAUACUGUGCCGCGGGAUGCCGCCGAACAGCCUUCGGGGGCCGAUAGAGCAGUGCUUGUCCGACGCCUUCCAUUCGCUGGCCAAGCCGAAGCCUCUCGGAAGGGCGCUAGAGGUCAAAGAGGCGAAAGAGGCCAAAGAGGCCAAAGAGGUGGACGACGCGCAGCCGCUUCUCGUCCGGCAGCUGCGCCACAUAGAGCGGUGUCUCGAGAGCGACAAAAUACACGACGCCAACAGGACCCUGCUGUCGCAGAUCGUGGAGACCUACUUCGGCGUCAUCCCAGACGACAGUGUCGCGUGGGGCGCGUACGUGUCGUGCUGCCGGCGGCUGGGCGGGUCGUACCUGGAGCGGAUGACGUCACCGAGCAGCUGGUGGGAGGUGAGCGGCGCGCUGGUGCGCAAGUCGUGCUCGGUGCGGGCCGCCCUGGCGGCGCUGGCCGACUGCGGCGCCCCCCUCGCGUGGCUCAACGACCUGGUCGACGCGUGCGCCCCCCUGCUAGAGGAGCAGGAGUAUUCGUUGCGCUGUAUGAUGCCGGCGCUUCGACACGUGGACCCUGAUGCUGAUUCCACCAAGCAGUGGUUCGUUCAGCUGAUGGGGCGCACUCAGGCCGCUUUUAAGGAGACCGAGGAGGAAUUCGCCAAGCUGUACCUGAUCGACGUGCUGAUGUUGAGCGUGAUCACGUUCAGCGGCCUGUGGUCCCUCGAGCCCGAUCCCGACGUGUUGGUGACGAGCCGAGCCAGUCGCCAGGCUCUACUUCCCGCGGCCUCCGCCGCGUUGUUGAGCCGCCCUUCUUGGGACCAGUACACUCUGCAGAUGCUGGAGUGGCUGUGCCACAGUAGAGGCGCCACUGGCGACCAACGCACCGCCCAGACCUGCCAGAGGGCGCUGCUGGCUCUCAGACACUCUGACCACUUCGCCACCCACCGGAUCUGGACCAGGCUGGAAAGUCAUUUUGCUGUCAACGAAGCUGCCAAUGUAGAUGAC